AUGGGAUCUGCUUUAAGUUCAUACAAAUCAAAGAGAAGAGAUAAGAAAGAAUAUAAGAGGUGAGUAAACAUUUUUCUUCCGCUUGGAGGAAAAUAUUCAGAUGCUCUUGCGACUCGAUUUUGUUUUCCAUGGUGACAUUGAUUACAUCGUCUAUCUUGUUCAAAUUUGUAUACUUUUUUCUGUAGGAAACUGAGAGAGCAACUGAAAGAAGCACAAGAACACAUAGCUUGUCUCCAGGAACAACUUCAGUGUGCAAAUGAGUAAGUUCAUUCGAGUAAUGUUUGCUGGGGUGGCCGAUUCUUUCUCGAUUAAACUUCUUUUCUUUGACAUUCUCCCUUUUAUACCUAAUCGUAAAAAACGAGUAGAGAGUCCAUAUGCUCUAGUUGUGUAAAUGUCUUUAGCUAGGAGGGCUUCAUCUGGGUUAUUCCGACAAAAAGAGAGGGACCAGUAUUUCUUGCUCUUGGUAGACGCAAAGAAGGCGGAUAAUUUGUUCUAUCUGAGACCUUUUCUUAGCUCUUUCUUUUCUUCAAAGUCUUCUCUUGUAAACCUAAAAUUAGCACUUACUAGUGCGAUUCACUGUUAUUGUUACUUGUGUGGGCUAAUUAUUCUUGUUCUUUCUCUUUUGACAUUUUAUGUAGAUUACUUGAGGCCUUUCAAAGGUCACGCAUCGCCCCUAACGCAGGGCCUGGAACACAGAAAUAUCGAGCAGCCACUGAAAUGAUGAAAGAAAUUGAAGCUUUGGAUCGAAAGCUUUUCUUUGAGCAAGUUGCUCUGAAUGUUACAGAAAAUAGAUGUGAUUUUCUGGAUGACAACUACCAGUAAUUAUAACGCUGUUAAAUAACCGUACACUAUGGCGCUAUUAAAAAGUUAAAUACAAAAGUUGUAAUUCUUCAUACCAAAAGAUUGCGAGUUCUCGACUUAUCAGAGGUAUUCUAUAAUAGUCCUUGGUCAGUGCAUAGAGUGUUUGGAGAUCGGCAAGUAUGGAGGGAGGGGUAGAAACGUGAAAGUUAGUGCUCUCAAAUGGGGCAAAUCAGGAAAAAAAUUAUUUCAAGCUGUAAAUAUAUUUUAUCUCUUUUUACAGUCUUCUUCACGACAAUGAGACAAACCUUUACUGGCAGAAGUCAUCCUGUCAAACAAACCUGGAGGCCUUGAAAAAGAAACAAGAGGCCAUUCAGUUCAGUCGAUUCAAAGACGAAAAUCCGCUGGAACAGUGGGUCGUCUGCUCGCUUCCAAAUCUUUACUUCGGAAGAGUUGAAACCCUAUCAUCAUGGCAUUAG